AUGAACAAUUUCCAUAAUGUUAACAACGUAAACGCUCUGGCACAGCAACAGGCUCAGCAGAACAGAGUGAAAGUGUCCGUAAGAAAUUGGCAAAAUGCAUCCAUGCAAGACUUACUCAGCUUUGUUAGUAGGACAACUAGAAUUCCAAUUACAAAUGCUCAAGUGGAAGGUCCCCUAUUAGUAGGAUAUGUUAACAAUAAGGACGAGGCAGAGAAGUUGAUGAAGUGGAACGGUGUUAGAUUUUCUGGACAAAAUUUGAAAUUUGAAGUGAUGGAUGGAAGUUCUGGCUCAUCAACCUCCGAAACAAUCACGUUCCUAAGAAAUACUUUAAUUAGAAGAUACGAUCCUCAGACGAAAAUGUUAAACUUGGGUAAUUUAUAUGCAGAUCCCGAAUUAAAUAGUCAUGGUCUUUUCUCCAGUGCCAGUGUGCAGUCCAAAAUGUUCCCAGCCCUAAUGAAGAUUGCCUCUAGGGAAACUCAAUUGGUAGUGGACAGUUUGAAUUUAGCUGAUAAUCAAAUUAAAGACGUGAAAUCAAUCUCAACUUUGGCUCAAACUUUUCCACAUUUGAAAAACUUGUGUUUGGCCAAUAAUCAAAUAUUUAGAUUUCAAUCUUUAGAAAUUUGGAAAAAUAAAUUUAAAGAAUUGAGAGAGUUACUGAUGAUGAAUAAUCCAAUUACAAAUGACAAGAUGUAUAAGUCAGAGAUGCUAAGAUUAUUUCCUAAAUUAGUUGUCCUCGAUAACGUAAUGGUUAGAGAUGAACAGAAAUUAAAUGCCAUUUUUACAUUACCCAUGAAGAUCCAACCAUUUUUUUUCGAAAAUGAUACAUUAGGUUCAUCAUCCACUGAUUUUGUUACAAAUUUCCUUAAUCUGUGGGAUUCAAAUAGAGAACAGCUAUUAAGUCUUUACACUCCACAAUCACAGUUCUCCAUUUCAGUAGACACUUCCGUUCCACCAUCUACUGUCACCGAGGUUGAUUCUAAUCCAUCAUUUGGUUAUUAUUUAUCUCUAUCUCGUAAUCUUUGUAAAGUUUCAGUGGAGAAGACAAUACAACAAAGGCUAUCCAUUGGUCCAGAAGCCAUGAAUAAAUUAUUCAAGUCCAUACCAAUGACCAAACAUCAUUUAAAUGAUAAACCAAAUGAUUAUUCUAUGCAAGUCGCCUCUUACCCUCAAAUCAAUGGGUUUAUAAUAACGUUGCAUGGAUUCUUUGAAGAAACUGCCAAACCUGAAAUAGACAUAAAUGGCAAACCAAAGAGUUCAGGACAAAAUAGAAGUAGAAGAUUUAAUCAUGGUCAUUCUUCUGUCCCAAAUAGAUUAUCUAAGAAAUCCUUUGAUAGAACCUGGGUCAUUGUGCCUAUGAAUAAUUCAGUAGUUGUUGCCUCUGAUAUGUUAACGAUAAGGCCCUACUGUUCCAAUGCAUGGAGUUUACCACAACCGCCAGUUGCUCCGGCAGUUGCUCCAACGGGAGCUCCAUUGGCUAAUCCACCAGCGGGACCUGCCUCCAUGACACCAUCACAGGUUCCUCAACCAGGACAAAUUCCACUCGCCCCCACCUUACAAUUACCACCUGAUGUCCAGGCACGUCUGAAUCCAGUACAGUUAGAAUUGUUGAAUAGAUUGCAUUUACAAACGAAGUUGAAUGCAGAAUAUACAUUCAUGUUAGCAGAACAAAGUGGUUGGAAUUAUGAUGUUGCUUUGAAGGCAUUUCAAUCUAGUGUAACUAACCUACCUAGGGAAGCAUUUAUUCAAUAA